UGUUGAGUUGUGAUAGGUUACUUGGUGGUUUUGCUGUUACGUGUUAGACCUGUAGCUAGUUUAUAAGAUGAAUGAAAGCAUACCUGUACAGUUAGACCCAGUUUAUGUACCAACGGAGGAUUCACUAUUGCCUACCUCUCGUCCAAUGACCGUCGUCCGACCAUUCUAGUGGGAUUUUUCGCUAUAACGUCCAUGGAGGAUUAUAGGUGUGGGAGGCGUGCACCUAUUGCAGAGCAGGGGUCCAACUUGGCAGGAAGGAUUACCGGUACACGACGUAUAACCCAUCAUGGAUCCAAGACAAGCAAAGGCCGAAAAAAGCCCUUGGCCACACCCAUCCGAACUGCAGAACCCAACGAGAUGCACUACACCGAUGACAAGGGCGUCGAACACAGUAUAUACUUCCCGCAACCCAUCCGAACUGCAGAACCCAACGAGAUGACCUACACCGAUGACAAGGGCGUCGAACACAGUAUAUACCUCCCGCAGGGCACCAUGCACACGGCCUACGGACACCUGCAGAACAAGCGAUGGGACGAGCUUGCCAAGUUCGAGCCGUACAGUAAGUACACUCCUACCUCUCCCCCUCUGACAGACUUGUCCUAAUGUAUCUCCUUGUAGCGAAUCAAGGAUAUACCGAGGAUGAUUUCAAGGCAUAUGAAGAGAGUCACAAACAAGGACAAGAGAAGUAGAUGUUGUGGAGUAGGGAAAGAUACAUAGGUCGUCAUCCAGAGAGGGACUCGUUCACCGAAUAACGUCUUGGCUCUUUCCCUUCGAGUACUCAACACUGAGAAAUAGCAAUAACAAAAUAAAACAAUAUCUUUGAGGGCAUGAUCUCCAGAAUCUCAUUACGCAGUAGAUUCCGAGCAAAC